AUGUCCGGCAAGAGGUCGCGCGCAGCCUACGAGGCCGAUCUCCAAGCGCAGCAGUCGCCCUUUGUGGUCUUCGGAACACCUCUUCCCCCACAGGAUCCAGAUGUUCGAGAUGACGGCUCCUAUGUCCCGGUCUGGAAACAGGAGGUUCGGGAUGAGAGAGGAUUGAAGCGCCUCCAUGGUGCUUUCACUGGCGGCUUCAGUGCUGGGUACUUCAAUACCGUCGGUUCGAAAGAAGGAUGGACACCCUCGACAUUCGUCUCCUCCCGCUCGAAUCGAAAGAAAGAUGACCCGAAGGCGGUUCAACAACGGCCGGAGGAUUUCAUGGAUGAUGAAGACAUCGCAGAUGCCGCAGAAGCACAACGGGUUCAAACGGCAGAAGGAUUCGCUGGCCUCGGAUCUACACAGCAUGAUGCCAUUCGGCGUGGCGCCUUUAUUGAUCUGUUCCGAAUAGAGGGAGAGACGAUCGGGGUCAAAUUAUUGAAGAAGAUGGGCUGGAAAGAAGGCCAAGGUGUGGGUCCAAAGGUGCGGCGUAAAGCACGUCUGGAUGGCGUAGAAAGGCCCGAUGAUGUGAAUACCACAUACCUAUUCGCACCGGAAAAUACAAAGAUGAUUAGUUUCAUCAAAAAAAGUGACCACAAGGGGCUGGGGUUUGAGGGAGAGACGAGAUUGUCGCCGAGAACUGGGCUUGGGUCAGAUGCAGCCAAGUCAGAAGACGAGGAUGAUGAUCAUGCCACUCUAUUUGCUCCACCAAAAGCAAAAAAGAAGAAGCCGAAGAGCGGUGGGAUAGGUAUUGGGAUCUUGAAUGACACAGGAUCAGAUGAUGAAGAUCCGUAUGAAAUAGGGCCUCAAAUAUCAUACAAUCGGGUCAUAGGAGGAGACAAGAAGAAGAAAAAGCCCGCAAAUGGCAUUAUGAAUCCGCUUCUAAAAUCUAAACCAGUCUUCAUCUCAAAGAAGACAGCAUUAGCAAAUGCAUCUGCCGGUUUACGAAAAUGUCAUGACGGGCGACUACCUCUCGAUGGCUUUAUACUAAGCAGCACUGACGAAUUCUCCUCCAUCAUCCAGACCUCGACGAAAUAUCCCCCGCCAAAGAUACCGGAGAAUUGGAGAUCCUCUAAAACCCCAAAGGCCGGCUCCCAGGCCUUGACCUACCUCUCCACUGCCGAGGCAGCCAGGGCUUCCAAAUUGGACCCCAAAGCCCGCGCCUCCAUCCUCGGCGAAGCAGCCCUACCAGGGAAAUCUGUAUUCGACUACCUCACCCCCGCUGCUCGCGAGCGUCUCGUAUCCGCAUCAGGAAAAACCAAUCUACCCGCUGCACUGGGUGAGGUACCGGAAGGCUAUGCCAUGACCGAGGAAGAACGUCGACGAGAACUCCUAGCUCAAAUCCCUAAAGUCGAUAAGUACAUCGCAGAUGCUGCCUUGACCAGAGGGGCAACUGGCUUCAUGCCGUAUGGCGAAGAUGAAUCAAAACGCAGCCGUUACCGGACAUAUCUAGAAAACCAAGCUGGCAUUUCCCCCAGUCUGCCUGAACGUGGUCCAGGAAUGAGCAAAGAAGACUGGCUAAAUGAACUCCGCGAAUUCGCAAACUGUGCUCAGAUCUUCAAACCCAUGUCUGGGAUGAUGGCCACGCGCUUCACUUCUUCCUCCACAGCUCCAAAGCUGGCGUCGGAUGCUCAAGACCCUUCUAAGGAAUUACUGAGUAAGCCGACACCGAAACCUGAAGAUCCUGCAGAACAGGCGGCAAAACUGGGUAUGUAUGGCCCUAUGACUAGGAGUUCAACGCCGUGGUAUCCCACCAGAUUGCUGUGUAAGAGGUUUAAUGUUAAACCGCCGGCGCAUGUGCAACCAGGCAGUACAGAGCAUGCGGAUGAGGGUGCGGCGACUAGAAACAUGGCCCCAGAGUUGGUUUCUAGGGAUGCAAUUAAUGCUAUGAUGCGUGAGUCCGGAGGGGGGGAACAGCUUUGGGAGGAUAAGGAGAAAGUCCCAGGAGCCGCAGUGCCGGAACUAAAGAAAGAGGAGAUAGUGGUCGAUGCAGACAGAAACGAGGCACUCGAGGGACAAAGGGCUGGAGAAGCAGUGUUCAAAGCUAUUUUUGGGGAUGAUACUGAUGAGGAUUGA